CGGUUGGCUCACGUCGGUUAGUCAUUGCGGAACCUUGGUGCUGCAGCCGCCGUCCCGACCUGCAUUCCAGUGUUAACUUCCCACCGACCGAAAGACCCAGGGUUGUGCACGACAGGGGCUGCCACCCUAAGAAGCGACACGAUGGUGGCGACGCGCAUUCUGUUCCUGGUCCUGCUCUGCGGAGGGGCCGCCCUCGGACAACUGGUGGACAAAGACUUUGCGCCCACGGUCACCGCAACAUGCAAAGCGGGACACAUGACCAUCAAAGUGGUCACGAGUCAAAAUUAUGUUGGAACUGUGCACGCUCGCGAUUUCCGAACAUCCAACUGUAUGGCGGUGGGCAAUGGCACCACAACCACUUCUCUGGAGUUGAACCUUCUGGCGGCCAAAGGUGCCCGCGACUACUGUGGUGUUCUCGUAAACAACAAAGCGGACGAGCGGUCAGUUCCGAUAGCCGUUCGCAUCCACAAGACGCUUGAAUUGGCCGAUGACAAGUUUUAUGUCAUCACUUGCGGCAAGGCCGGCUUCAAGAACGCGAGGAACGAGACGGCCUUGGUGAAUUUGGCGCUUAUUGACAGGGACAGGCCGGUUUACGAGGCCGUCUACGGUCACACGUACACCCUCAGAGCGUCCAUCUCACGACCAGACGGUUCCUACGGUAUCAACGUGAAGUCGUGCUUCGCCUUCAACAAGCAGAACAAAACGGAAUUGAUUGACGAUCAAGGGUGUCCCUUGCCGGGCGGCGUCAUCUCCCGCUUCCGCUACAAUGAGAACCUCGGUGUGGCCGACGCAACCCUCUACUCCAUGUUCAGAUUCCAGGACAGCAAUGAAAUCCAUUUCCAGUGCGACCUAGCAGUCUGCAAAGGCGCGUGUCCUGAACCCAAGUGCGACGGGCAGAGUAAGGCACUAACUGACGAGAGCGCUGAGCAAAACGGAGGACUCUUGGCCAGCACCAACGUUUUUGUGCUUGAACCCGGACAACCAUCAAUUGCUGCCCUUUGCGACGGAAUCCACCCGUCGUGGCUUCUGUGGCUGUGCGUGGCGUUCGGCGUGCUCUUCCUCAUCAUGUUGAUCAUCAAUAUUUUCCUCUGCUCGGCCAUGUCUUGUGCAUGCGCCAGAACCGAGAUUAUCGAGAAGGACCCCAGCAUCAUCGAGGAGUAUGAUCCAUACAGAACUUGGCAGGACUCUCACUAUGGAUCUAGGUACUCUCUGAACGCAAAGCCAGGUUACAUGUCUGGUGGUUCGACAAUGAACUCGACUCGAUCCGUGUCGACCAACAGCGACCACUACGCGAUCGUGCACUCGCGGCCUGGCAGCAGGUACUCAGGACACCAAAACAGGGCAGGCUCGGCGAUGGGCUCGCACUACUCGGGAAAGUGAAUGAGUAGACGAUGGAAAAUCGCAAAUACUGCCUUUUGCCAUAUUAGAGGAUGAGAGUGACCAGUUUGAAAUUUUUCUGCGGCAGUGUUUUUUUGACCCUCUGAUGAAUGUUGUGACUGAGAGACAUUCUAUUUUUCAAUAAUUGUGUGAAAGUUGAAUUUUAGUAAAUGUUUCUGAUGACCAUAUGUGUUUUAACAACCAACUCUUAAUAGAAUCUAUGUAUGAGUAUGAUUUUUUUAAUUUUGUGAAUUAAAACUGUUACCCUAUUUGUAAAUAAAUAAAUUUACACAAAAUUACA